GUCCUCAUUAUGAAAUUAGUAUCGACCACCCCAAGUUUCGCAUCUUUCCGUUUAGGUCCUCUCUUCCUUUCUGCGCCCUACAGCAGCCCUAAUAUUCGUACUACUACAAUUAAGGUAACACCGCCACCGUCUCUCAAAGUCCACACCGGAGUCUCUCUACCAUGCUGCCUGCUUACUCCCCACGGCCAUGGUGAGCAGCGCCCGCUUCCAUGACCGCCUCAAAUGCUCUCACACGCCCCGCUCCACCAUUCCGUGAGCUACUGCCGCUGCCGCCUCCGCCGCAUCCUCCUCCUACUCGCCUGCCCCGCCCACCGCCGCCUGUUCACCGCCUCUGACCCCAGCCCCGACCCUUCCGAUCUCUGGAUAGCCAAGAUAGUCUCUACCAUCUUCCGCCUCGCCCCUACUCCCGCCGCGGCCGAAGCCCGCCUCUCCCCCCUUCGCCCAGUGCUAUCCCCCUCCGUCGUCCUCGCCGCCCUGCGUCGCCUCCGCGAUCCUCUAUCCGCCCUUGGACUCUUAUACCUUAGCCGCUCCGAUCUCGGCGUCGUCCACCUUCCCCAAGCUUUUACAUUCCUGAUCUCCUGCCUCUGCCGGUCCGGCCUCCAAGAUGACGCUUUGAAGUUGUUCGAUGAAAUGGCGAGCGAGGGCCACACUGUGGAUGGCUCCUUCGUGGAGUUUCUGGCUAAUUCCUGUAUCGAGGCCGGUAAAUUCGACCUUGCCACUGGUUUUCUUGCUGCAGUUUCCAAAUACGGAUACCGCUUGCAAGCCUACACCUUCAACAAGCUCCUAACUCUUUUAGUAAGGGAAGAACGAGUUAGUGAUGCCGUUCUUCUUCUGAGACAGCAUUUAGGCUUUCAGUUUCUAUCCAUUGAUACAUGUAGCUUCAAUAUACUCAUAAAGGGUCUUAGUAGAGUAGGUGACAUGGAUACUGCAUUAGAGGUUUUCAACCAGAUGCAGAGCUUUGGCUACGUGCCAGAUAUUAUUACCUAUAACAUUCUUAUUGAUGGGCUCUGUCGAGCCGAUCAGGUUGAUAAUGGACACAAGAUUUUGCAGAAAGUCCGAUCGGAUAGUGCAUCGGUGCCAAAUGUGGUCACAUACACAUCUGUCAUUUCUGGUUAUUGCAAAAUCGGCAAGAUGGAAGAGGCAUAUCAGGUUUUUGAUGAGAUGAUUGGUGCUGGAAUCAAACCUAGCAGGAUAACAUACAAUGUUCUUAUCAAUGGUUAUGGUAAGAUGGGGAAUAUGCCAUCUGCUAUUUCUUUGUAUGAGAGAAUGUUAGUUUGUGGUUGCCCUCCAGAUGUUGUUACUUUUACUUCAUUGAUUGAUGGGUAUUGCCGAAGUGGACUGCUCAAUGAUGCAAUGAAGCUCUGGGAUGAGAUGAAUCAGAGGGAACUAAAGCCUAACGCAUACACCUUUUCUGUUGUUAUACAUUGUUUGUGCAGGAAGAACAAGGUGGGUGAUGCCAGAAAUCUUCUGAAGGUACUGAAUGGCAGGAGAGAUGUUGUGCCACGAGCCUUCAUUUACAACCCUGUCAUUCAUGGGCUUUGUAAGGUCGGCAACAUAGACGAGGCCAAUUCAGUUCUACUAGAAAUGGAGGAAAGGAGUUGCACUCCAGACAAAUAUACUUACACUAUACUUAUCAUUGGACACUGCAUGAAGGGAAGAAUGUUUGAAGCCAUAGCCAUUUUCCAGAAAAUGGUUAAUUCAGGAUGUACUCCGGAUAGCAUAACAGUUGAUUCUUUAAUAUCAUGUCUUUUAAAGGCUGGGAUUCCCCAUGAAAUCAACAAGAUAAAGUCUUUUGCCUCUGGAAGGGGUUCAAAUUUUGAAAUACCAAAUCUUCAGGACAUUCAUUCAUCCAUUGGUAAAAACAUGGAUAUUUCAGUGGCUAUUUAAGUGAUAACGGUGUCUUCGGUGCUGAAAUGUUGAAAUACGAUGAUGAGGAUGAUCAUCACAGAGCAGGGGACCCUUUAAAGGUCACAAUUGACAGAACCAACUGAUCGAAUAAAAAAGUUAAACCACUCAUUGUGGUAUUCUAUGGUCACUGAUCUCUGCCGCCGUUUUCUCAAGAAAUGUAGAUUUUGACAGGUGUGGGAAGCACAUUGUUAUGAUCUGCAACUUCUUGUGUUUCUUUAGGAGCCUUGUGCCAUCACUUAAUUUCUGGGUAAUGUGAUUGCUGUGAUCCAUGAAUACUAUUGAGUUUCUGUCAAAUGGUUGAUUUGACACUCACGGGAGAUAAUAUGAACAAGAUCGGAGAAUACUAAAACAAGAUCUAUUCAACAUUAUAAGGUUUCAUUUUUUUUUUUCUCUCCUUAUACAAGUUGCAGUUGUUUAAAAUAAGUGUUUAGGUGAAAUUUCACUACUUAUGCUGCCUAUGUUUAAAAUUUUUGGUGCUGGCAUUUUCAUGCCAAAAAGAUAUGCAUUUUUCCAACUUUGUGGCUGCUUUUUUUCCGUGUCUGCACACAAGUGAUAUUGCAAAGAAUUGUUUGCUC